CGCAAUGUUUCAUACAGCCAAUGAAUUGUGUGUUUUGGUUGUACGUUUAUCCAAGGACCAAUCACAACGCCAGGCGGGCCUUCGUUUCUAAAUAAAGUGACGGUUGCACCUCUUCCGGGUUAAAGCAGACGACGAGAACCUCAAGAGGUAUCACGCUUUUAACUGCGAAGACCAAGAAGACACCCAAUAACAUGUCUGGAAGAGGCAAAACCGGAGGAAAGGCCCGCGCCAAGGCCAAGACCAGGAGCUCCCGUGCCGGACUGCAGUUUCCAGUCGGUCGUGUCCACCGUCUGCUAAGGAAAGGCAACUAUGCGGAGCGUGUCGGUGCUGGUGCACCCGUCUACCUGGCUGCUGUCCUCGAAUACCUCACGGCUGAGAUUCUGGAGUUGGCUGGAAACGCCGCAAGGGACAACAAGAAAACCCGUAUCAUCCCCCGUCACCUGCAGUUGGCUGUGAGAAAUGACGAGGAAUUGAACAAGCUGCUCGGCGGCGUGACCAUCGCACAGGGUGGCGUGCUCCCCAACAUUCAAGCUGUGCUGCUGCCGAAGAAGACUGGACAGGCUGCCCCAAGCUCAGGGAAGGCGGGCAAGAAGGGCUCCUCGCAGUCGCAGGAGUAUUAAAUGGCGUGGUCUUUGAAGGACAUUGGACUCUUAAAUCCGUAAAGGCCCUCGUGGUGUCUUCACUAUGGUUCUCUGAUUAUUGUUGCUUCUGUGUUUGUAAUGCGCUUUUAUAUUCAGUGUGACAUUAAAACGUUACUUUUACUUAA